CCCCCACCCACCUCACAAGGUGUUGGCCAAUCGCCCCAGCGGGCAUAAAGUGGCUGCCAGCCCGCAGGGCUCCCAGCCGGGAGGUGUCACCCCCGACCGGCACGGGCAAGAGCUCGAGCACCCAGCAUGCGGGCACAGCUUACACAGAGGAUGCUGCUCAGUCUGGUCCUCGGACUCCUGUUUCUGAACACGGCGGCCAUGGGCAGCUGCUCGGCCAACUACCAAGGGCUCCUCCAGCAGCUCCAGAGUCAGGCGGACUUGCUGCAGGACACCAGCCUACUCCUGGACCCUUAUAUCCGCCUCCAAGGCCUGGACACGUCUGAACUGAGAAAACUCUGCAAAGAGCGCCCCGGGGCGUUCCCCAGCCAGGAUGCCCUGUGGGAGCUCAGCAGGUGGGACCUCCUGCACACCCUCAAUGCCACGCUGGGCCAGGCCUUGCACAGGUUGACCGCUUUACAGCAGGAUUUCCCCAAAGCCCGGGACUGGCUAACGGUGACAAUGAACAUCCGUGGGUUCCAGAACAACAUCCACUGCCUGUCCCAGCUGCUUCGUGCCUCCUCGGAGACGGCCAAGCCCACUCAGGCAAGCCCAGGGGCCUCGCCGCCCCCCAUCCCUGCCUCAGACGCGUUCCAGCACAAGUUGGAGGGCUGCCAGUUCCUGAGCGGCUUCCACCGCCUCAUGGGCUCAGCAGGCCAGGUCUUCCGGGAGUGGGGGAAGACCCCCCGCCGGAGCCGGAGACACAGCCCCCGCCGCCUGGCCCUGCGGAAGGGGCCUCGGGGGGUGCAACUCUUCAGGAGAGGCCGGAGACUCGUGCCCAUGGGGCAGCUGCCCCGGUAGCCUUGGGGGCUCCCCUGGCAAGUGGAGGACCAGCAGGCACUCUCCAGGACUGCACCUCCCAGGGGCCUCCAAACCUGCUCCUCUCCAUUCCCCACCUCUCAGAAGCACUUUAAGGGGUCUACCUCCUCCAGGCUGGGGGGAUAGGGUCAGGCUAUUGCACACCCCAGCCCUGAGUUCCCCGGUCCCGGUGGGACGGUCGGGUCAGGCCACGCGGGGCCAACUUUCCAUUGAUUCAGGGAUCUGAUGACACAGGCUGACUCAUGGCCAGACUGACCCCUCCCCCGCUCCGCUCCCCAGAGGCCUGCCGGCCCUUCCCUCUCAUGACUUGCAGGGCUGUUGCCCCCAGACUUCCUCCUUUCCGUGGUGGCGCGGUUCCAAGGGGAGGUCAGGACCCAAGCUGGCCUCCUGAGCCUCAUCUCAGUCUCAGGCCAGACACCUGGAUGUCUGGGGGACCUCACUUUAGGCAGCUGUGACAGAGGCAGUGCUCCUGGAAGGAGCACUGAUCUGGGGGAUGCAAGGAACCCAGCUUAGCCUCUCAUUCGCUGUGUGGCCUCAGGUAGGCCACUUUACCUCUCUGAAUCUCAGUUUUCUCUUUGUGAAUCGAGGGGAUUGGGGACAGUGUAAAGCAUUCUCCACCUGUCAGUUGCUGGGACUUGGUGACAUAGGGUGCAUAUCAAAUUCUCUCCGUGAACUGGGACACACGGGGCAAAUGGACAGGGGGUGCAGCCCAAGGUCUCUGUUCUUCCCAGCACCUAGAAGCUCCUGGUCUGGGGUCCUGGCUGCUCCCCCUGGUGGUACAUCGUGGAAUUUUCUCAUGCUGAAACCAUUGCCCUCCUGGAGAGGGUCCCAGAAGCUGCUGGGACGUUUCCUUGGAGGCACAUGACUAAUUUAUCAAUUUUUAAUCUGUUUUCUAUUUAUAAGGCUUAUUUAUGAUGUGUAUUUAAUCUUAAUAUUGUGCCAACAUAUAUUUAAAACUUGCCUGGUUUCUAAA